CUGUCGCGUUUACCCCACAGUCUUUGGUUACCUCAGUUUCCCACCGGAGCAUAACACAGGGAACACAAAAUGGCGACAUCCAUGCUGCGAUUAGGUCGACUGGGUUCUUUCAAGUGUCUCCAGUUGGAGAGCUUGGGUGUCCUGAGGAGUGGCUCAGCUGCUGCGCUCUGCACUCAGGCUGAAGAGACAGCGAAUCCAACAAAAAAGACCAAGGCUGCAAGUAAGACAGCAGAGACACCAGAUGAGAGAGCAACUCUACUAGCCUACAAGACUGCAGUUGCCUUCCCAGUUAGAUUUUCACAGCCCUGGGUUUUUCCCACACAGUCUAUAGAGGUAGCUGAACCAGUGGCCAGUUCCACUGCCACUACAGAAGCAGUAGUUGCUGCCGCACCUACAUUGCCUGUCACUGUUGCCAGUGAUCCAUCUGUAGCUAUGCCACAGACAGAAGAGGCUGCAUCUGCUUACUCACAUCCGGCUCCCAGCCCAGAUGUUGCUCAGGUUGUUGAUGACACUCCUCCAUCUGUAGUUGGCACAUCAGCUGAGCCCCUGGUCAGUGCAGCUAGCAAAACACUAGAACCAUUUGACAGUCCCACUGCAGCCUCUCCCUUAGAUAAUGGGGUCCAAAACACUGCACCUUCCUCUGAUCCAGCAGCUGAUAUAUCUUCAUCCUCAUUGUCCAGCUCAGACUCUGAUUCCGACUCUGACUCUGACUCUGACUCUGACACUGGCUCUGGGGAUGAGAAGUCAGAAGUGAGGACUGAGACCAAGACCUCACCACCACUUGUGGCAGAACCUAUGAAUGAAGAAGCAGAAGUUCAUAUGGUCACAUUAGAGAUGAAGGAAGGCACAAUUGAAGAUAAGAAGGAAAUUUCAGAAGAAAAUGUAGAUUUUUCUGCUCCUGCUGUUAAUGCUGAUCAUGACACUGCUCCAACAGUCUUAGCCUCCAUAGAAGCAGCUCAAGCUACCAUGGAGACACCCGCUGUCAAUUCUAAUGAGUUGGUAGAUUCUGCUUCUGAGAUCUGCACUGCUGCAGAAGACACUCUAGAGGGCACUGUCAGUAGCACUGUCUUAGCUGAGGCUGCUUUGAACCCUGCUCCACAAGUGGUAGAGGACAUUGCACAACCUGCUGACCCUGGUUCUCAUGUAGAAGCUCCAGCUGAAGUUAUGGCCGAGGCUACAAAUCCAGAAAAAAAUCCAUCUGAUGCUCCUGUUGAAACUACAGAUUGUGCCUCUGCUGAAGCCCUUGGAGAAUCUGCUGAAGCAGCCCCUGAAGAAGCUACUACAGAGCCUUCAGAGGCUCAAGCUGCCCCCGCUCAAGUUGCUGCUGAGACUGCAGCUGAAGUGUCUGCUCCUGUGGAAAGCCCCAAGGAGCUGAUGGACACUGCUCCAGUAAUAGCUGAAGCUGUAGAAGCAGACCUGCAGGCAGAGGCCACAGUUGAACCAUCUGAGGAGAUUGCUGCAGCGGCACCUCCUGAGCCUGAAGAGCCAUUUGACAACAGCACUUAUAAAAACUACCAGCACCACUGCUACACCCCCUACACAUUUGCUGACCUGGAUGUAGAGAUGGCAAAGUUUCGUCUCCCUCAGCCGUCGUCUGGCAGACCCUCACCCAGACACUAGAGGAGCGUAUAGCUAAAAACCACAAUAUUUUGGUGAUGCUGUUUUUUCCAUAAGGUCAUCCCCCACCAGUCACAGCUUGAGCUUCGGCUGUUAAAAAUCUAACAUUAUUAAAGUUCACAAAUAGGAAAUUAA